CCAUGUGUGGUGUCGUCGCGACGAUCUGGUUUCCCGUGUGCGCCCACCGUGAGACCACCAUCAUGAGCUUCGGCUACUCCCUGUACACAGGCUGGAUCGGCUCUGCCCUCUGCCUCUUUGGUGGCUGUGUCAUUGUCUGCUGCUCAGGAGAUGCCCAGACGUUCGGUGAAAAUCGCUUCUACUAUGGCUCGGGGUCCAGCUCCCCUACCCACGCGAAAAGCGCUCACGUGUGA